UCCACACAGGAAGGUCACACCAUCCCUCAACAUCAGGGUGAAGAACAGAUUAAUAUAAAAGUUGAGGUUAAAGAGGAAGAAGAAGAGUCGUAUGUGGGGGGUGAUCAGCCGUCCGCGGAGGAGGUUGGAAUGAUUAUGAAGAGUGAACAGGAUGACAUUUCUCACAUUAGCAACACAAAUGGAUGUGAUGUGAGGAAUUCCUCGGAGAGACAUCUUCUAUUAUCUGCUGAUUGUAAGUCAGAAGAUAAUGUCAUCACACAGGAUCCUCCAGGAGGAAAUCCAAAUACACAAAAUAUACAUCACAGACCUUCCUGUCCGGAGACAUCAAUGGAUCCCUCUGAUCAGGGGGAAUCUUCUAAUCAAUCACAUACUAUGAUUGUAAAUAUCCAUGUAAGAUCUCACACUGCAGAUAGAUCAACAGAUCCUUCUAAUCCCAAGGAAUCUUCCUCACCCCAUGAAGGAGAUCACCGAGGUGACCAUCUAUUCUCAUGUUCAGAGUGCGGGAAAUCUUUCACUCAGAAAGGAGCAAUUACUAGACACCAGAGAAUUCACACGGACGAGCGUCCUUAUUCAUGUUCAGAGUGUGGGAAAUCAUUUACUCUGAAAGGAAACCUUGUGAAACACCAGAAAAUUCACACGAAUGAGCGUCCUUAUUCAUGUUCAGAGUGUGGCAAAUCUUUUAUUCAAAAAGUAGGCCUUGAUGAACACCAGUCAGGUCACACAGGUGAGCGUCCUUAUUCAUGUUUAGAGUGCGGGAAAUCUUUUACUCGGAAAGGAAAACUUAUUCAGCAUCAAAGAAUUCACACGGGUGAGCGUCCUUAUUUAUGUGUAGAGUGUGGAAUAUCUUUCACUCUGAAAGGAAACCUUGUGAGACACCAGAGAAGCCACACGGGUAAGAAUCCUUAUUCAAGUUCAUAGUGUGGGAAAUCUUACAACAAGAAAGAUUAUCUUGUUAAACACCAGAGAAGUCACACUGUCCCUAUUCAUGUUCAAAGUGCCGGAAAUCUUACAUUUGUAAUGAAAACCUUAUUGGACAGCAGAUAAUUCACACUGGUGAGCGUCCCUUUUCAUGUUCAGAGUGCGGGAAAUCUUUCACUCGGAAAGGACAACUUGUGAAACACCUGAGAAGUCACACUAUGCUUUUAGUGCAGGAGUGAGUCCUCCUCAUUUCUCCAGCCUAUCAGUGCCCUUUCCUCUGUGGCCAUACCGCUGGGUACAAGGUCCCUCUUCUUAAUGCCAGAUGUGAAUGCAAACUUUUUUAUGGAUUUGUUUAUAUGUAUUAAAGUGAUUAUGUGCGCUUU